CAUAGUUUUACUCUAUAGAUAAAUUGGAACUAAUUAAUUCCUUAGUUGGAAAAUAGCUAGGUAGGUUAACCAAAAUAACAAAAAAAAGAAAAGUUGAAGUGACCUCAAUGUUAGAAAUAAAUUAUACUUUCACCAGUACAAACUUUAAUUAUAAUUUUUCCAUAAGUUAAACCUUUUUAUAAUAAAGGAGAGAACUGACAACAUAAUAAUAUCAUAUAAAUAGGAUUUAAAAAUACAAUUCAGAUCUAAUGUUGAGUCUACUCUUAUCACUUUUGACUGGUAAAGAUUCUGUUCCUUCCCAAUUGUUUGAUUUAAAAAAAAAAAAACACUUAUAUUGCUGUGGUGCCUGUGAUGUUAUGAGAUGAACCAGCUUUGUUCAUUGUUUCUUUAAAUCUAAUCAAACUUUUUGGUACUUAGUUCAAGUUUAAACCUUGCAGUGUUUCUGGGAUAAGAAAAGAAAGUAAAGAGUGUAGAUUACUAGAUUAGAUAAUAGAAGGUUGAAAAAAGUAUAAGGAGUCUUAAUUCUGCCAAGUGAUAGAGAGAAAAAAGAAGAGACAGAAGGAGAGAUGGUGGGCUCAGGAGCAUCAGAUAGGAGCAAAGAAGCUGUUGGGAUGAUGGCCCUUCAUGAGGCCCUAAGAAGCGUUUGUCUCAGCACAGAGUGGACUUAUUCUGUCUUCUGGACCAUUCGUCCUCGCCCGAGAGUCAGAGGUGGCAAUGGGUGCAAGGUUGGAGACGACAACGGCAGCUUGAUGUUGAUGUGGGAAGAUGGAUUCUGCCGAGGAAGUUUGGAAGAGAUUGAAGGAGAGGAUCUGGUGAGGAAAGCCUUCAGCAAGAUGUCCAUACAAUUGUAUAAUUAUGGAGAAGGGCUGAUGGGCAAAGUUGCAUCUGAUAAGUGUCACAAAUGGGUCUUCAAAGAACCAACUGAAUGUGAACCUAAUAUCUCCAACUACUGGCAAAGCUCUUUUGAUGCUCUCCCCCCUGAAUGGACUGAUCAGUUUGAGUCAGGGAUUCAGACAAUAGCUGUGAUUCAGGCUGGUCAUGGUCUUCUGCAGUUGGGUUCCUGCAAGAUUAUACCUGAAGACCUUCAUUUUGUGCUAAGAAUGAGGCAUACCUUUGAGUCUCUUGGCUACCAAUCCGGUUUCUACCUCUCCCAAUUAUUUUCUUCAACCAGAAACUCAUCAUCUUCCACUUCAAUUCCUUCAAAACAAUCUACCAUACCAAUCCGACCACCUCCUCCACUCUUCAAUUGGGCACAAAGGCCUAUCCCAACUCCCAAUUCUCUGCUUCCUUCUCCUAAUUACCAGAACUCUGCAGCAAGACUAGGCUUUCCCCAGCCCAAAGACGAGACACACAUGUUCCUCCUUCCUCAUUCAUCGUCCGAAACUCGAAUGGAAGACAUGUUGGGAGGAGGAGGCAGUGGUGGUGGCGGGGGAGAUCAUCAUGAAAAUGAAAUCAAAUGGCCCAACGGUCUGUCCUUCUUCAACGCGCUCACUGGAAGAAGCGACGAUGCAAAGCUUCUCUUCAACACCGACAGCUUGGGAAACAAACAGGAGAACCAAAACCAUCACUCCAAUUCAGAUAAUGCUUGUCAUGGAAAUUCAAACGAGUUAUUGAGUUUAGACAGCCACACAGCUGAGGGUGGUAGGAAGAAUAAUAGCAUGGAAAACAAGUUCAAGAGGAGCUUUACUUUGCCUGCAAGAAUGGCUGCAUCGUCUUCAUCCACUUCGGUCGAUCAUCAUCAUCAUCAUCUUAAUCACCACCAACAAGGGGACUAUAGGAAUUCUGAGCAAGGGGGUAUGUACGCUGAUGUCAUGGAUACCUUCUUGGAUUGAUUUGUAAUGGUGUGCAAGGGUUGGAAAGAUGUUGUAUCUAGGCAAAGAUUUUUGGUUCCUUUGCUUGUUUUCAUGCUCCUAAUAUUUUGUGUUUUAAUCGUCUAAUUUCCAAGACUGAAUGUUUAAUUCAUAGUUUUACACUUGUAGAAGUUCUUUCAAGAUAAGCAAUAGCUUUUUUUUCUUUGCCA